UAACCAGUGACAAACCUCAACUCUCUUCUCGUGUCAAAGAAGAAUGCAUGUUUGAAUUGCGACCCGGCAACGCCCUUGAUGCCAUGCCCUCGCCGCGCGUUCUCGACACCCAUGUGCCUUAUCAGUUUUUCCCUAAACAAGCCUUGUCUAAAUCUAAAGUGCUGUACAGCGUCCGACAUCCAAAAGAUGCUGCCGUAUCUCUGUAUUAUCACAUGCGGAACAUAGAAGAUUACUCGUAUUUAGGAACUUGGAACGGAUUUUUCUCGUUGUUUAUGGAAAACAAAGUCGAAUGUGGCAGUUGGUUUGAUCACGUCGAGGGAUGGUUGGAAAUUAUUGAAAACCACUCCAAUGUUCAACUGGUCAAGUUCGAAGAUUUGAAAGAGGAUUUGACUAGGGAGAUAAAACGUGUAGCAGAGUUUAUCGGGUAUCCAAAGUCAGAUGAGUUUUACGCCGAGGUUGCGAAGCAGUGCUCCUUUGAGAAUAUGAAAAAGAACAAAACCGAUAUGUUGAGUGGAUGGCGACCUAAAAGCGAUGGAAUGUAUAGGAAAGGAAAAGUAGGCGGCUGGAAAGGUGUAUUUACCGUACAACAGAAUGAAAUUUUCAACUCCGAGUAUGAAAAGCGGGCCAAAAACUUUAAAAUUGAUUUAGGAUACAGAGUUUGAACGAAUGCCGUCAUUUGUGAGAAGUGUUUGAAAAAGACCCGGUUUUCAAAGCCUGAUGUCACGGCAAACUAUGUGAUAAUUCAUAACUCAAAACAAACUCACAAUAAAUAUUUUAUGUACCUAUAUGGAGGUGCCAAAACCAAUAUUUUGACAUAUUAAUUCAUAAGUUUACAGAAUCAAACAAAUGCUUGCGUACUCGCACAAAGAUUUGAUUUUAUUUGUA